AUGGAAGACAUCACAACCCUCUACACCACCUUCAAAGCCGCCGUCGAUAAAUACGAAGCCGCCGUCACAGCGCUUAGCGCCAACCUCGACGGCCCCAUGGAGUGUUUCGACGCUGCGGCGGCCCGCGAGACCACCGCGCUCGGUAACGCGGCGUGGGCGUGCCACGACGAAUGCGGCGGAUAUGUGGAGAGGGUAGCGAAGAUUAGGGCCGAGGUGGGGCCGGAGCUGAAUGGGCUGCUGGGGAGGUGCUUUAAGCUGGGGGAGGAGUUGAGGGAGCUGUCGGAUGAGCAGUAG